UUAAGCUAACAGAAUCAAGCUCAAAACUCUGCACGAUGAGCACGCCGUAUGGGCGCUAUCGGUUUCUUCGAAUGCCCUUCGGCAUCGCGUCAGCUCCAGAAAUCUUUCAAGCAGCUAUGCAUCGCAUUCUGGAAGGCUUGCCGUGCGUAGUCGUGAUAAUGGACGACAUACUGCUUUGGGGCCGCACAAAAGAGGAGCACGACCACAACCUGUCACUUUUGUUAUUACGCUGUCGCGAAAACAACCUCAAGCUUAAUCUAAAGAAAUGCACUUUUUUGCAGCCUGAAGUCCGCUACCUCGGGCACAUUCUUAGCACUGAAGGCCUCCGCCUGGACCCAGGUCGAGUGAAGGACAUACUGGAAAUGGAAGAGCCAAAGAAUUCUUCGCAGCAGCGUCUGAGGGACCUUCGUGCGGCAACGAAUGACGAUCCUGCCCUGGUCAAGCUUCGAGGUUACGCCGAAACAAGCUGGCCUGAAAAGAGCGAGGUGCCCGAAAGUGUUCGUCAGUACUGGUCCUACAAAGAGGAACUGCACACACAGGAUGGUCUUGUUUUUCGCAGCAACAAGGUAAUCCGUGAACUCCGGCAGAGCACUGCUAGUGCUCUGACAUUAUGGUGCACAGAAUUGUUCGCCACACAUGGCUUACCGUUGCAGCUCUGCAGUGAUAACGGCCCGCAAUUCAAUAGCCAGCUUUUCAAAGAGUUCCUGCAACAACUAGGCGUUACCCAUAUUACGACAAGCCCUUAUCAUCCCCGCUCCAAUGGUAUGUCUGAAAGAGCCGUACAAGAGGCAAAAAAGCUUCUAAAGAAAUGUUCACGCAGCAGGGUUGAUUUUUAUAUGGCGUUGCUAGAAUGGCGCAACAUCCCCAGAGAUGAUGUUCUGAGGUCCCCUGUGCAGAGACUCAUGGGACGGCAGACCAGGACCCUAUUGCCUGUACCAACCAGCCACCUGGAACCAGAGGCAGUUCCAAGCAAAGCCGUUCACAGCAGGCUCCAGGAGAUCCGUCAAAGCCAGAAGGUGUAUUACAACCGUGGAACAAACGAUCUACCGCCCCUUUCUCCAGGCCAGCCAGUGUCCACAUACGACACCCUCCAGCGAACGUGGUCGCCUGCGGUACUUCUAAGGCCAGCAAACACGCCCCGGUCAGCAAUCAUAAGAACAGAAGAUGGUCGAGAAUUCAGGCGCACAAGAGAACACCUGAGGGAGAGGACGACGCACAGCGACGAUGGCCCCAGAGAAGACCACUUUCCUCAAGAGCUACGCCGAAGCACCAGAACUCGCCACCAGCCCUGUCGAUACCCGCAGCCGGAAAGGCAUAAUUAA